AUGGACUCUCAGCAAUACUCUGCGGCAUCCCAUCCAUCAGACCAGGCCGGGCGGUCGAUAUUCCCCAAGGGCCCCGUCUUCAGCCUGGAUGAUUUCUCCAGCCGAGACUUCAUAGCCAAAGACUUCAUCGAGUCCCUGACCGAGAGUGCACAACCAUCUAAUCGCCGAUCACACGGGAUCGACGCCCCUUUCGACCCCAAACCUCUAAUUCGAACCUUUGAACAAGCCGCGCGACGGCUUGAUGAACUCUCGGGAGAACUGGAGCAGCGAGAAAACGAACUCUCCGCUGCAGUUAGGAGAGCGGAAGCGCAACAUGCCGGCAACACCGAAACACUGGGGCGGAAGCUCAACCAGACCAUUGAGAGUUUUCGAAAACUCGACACCUCGUUGAAUUCGGACCGUGGUGAGAAAUGGGGUGGCAACGUCGCCGUGGAGACCGGUCGUCGGAUCGAAGAGCUCGAUCGGCAGAGAACAAAAGCCUUGGAUGCACACUUCUUGAUCGAGUGCUGGGAUGAGGUCAGCAACCGAGGCGAGCUUACGCUACUGGAGAAUUUGAGGCGCUCUGGCACUGGCGAGGGAAAGAUCAGAUCCGCCAAUAUAGCCCGGCAGCUGCUUCGAAUCAGCCAGAGGCUCGAUCCGAAAAGCCACGGGCAGUCCAACGGCGUGUCGCCGCAAUCGGGCGGAAUCACAAACGGGGUGACCGGGAGCGGGAGCGGGAGCAGGAACUUCAACACGCGAGAAGUCAUUGAAAGAUUCAUUGAAACACUGGAGAAUGACAUGCUCAAGCUAUUUGAUGAUUUCUACAGACGCCAGAAUUUCGAAGAGAUGAAGAACUGCGCGAUCGUGUUGCAAGACUUUAACGGAGGCGCAUCUGUGCAGGCGGCUUUCGUGAAUCAGCACCAGUUCUUCAUCGACAGGAGCAAUCUUGUGACAGACGAGAUCGGCGGCGAUCAAGAAACUUGGAUGCGACUGUCCGACCCCGACGCCGACCUUCCUGGGGUUGAACCUGGCCUUCAGUCGCUGAUCGAUGAAGUCAAGGUUGUGGUCCAAGAAGAGUCGGCAAUCAUCAAGAGAGCCUUCCCAUACCCGGAACAAGUACUGGGGAAAUUCGUGCAGAGAGUGUUUCAGCAGUCGAUCCAGCAAAGACUCGAACUGGUGCUGGAGAAAGCUGAGUCGGAAUCCACUCUCGCAUAUCUAAGAUCGCUGCAGGCGGCGAGAAGCUACAUCAGCAUUCUAGUGGACGACCUGAAAGCACAUGGCUUGACCGAGCACCCGGAAUCCGUCACCUCUCAAACCAGUCAACUGCUAGAUCAGCAGCUCGACGAGCUCUUCACACCCUACUUCGGAGGAUCGGCUUACAUUGAUAAAGAAAAGCACAACCUACAAGAACUGUACAAAUCACUUUUGUUCAAAUUCGAGCUGUUCCAUUCUCGCCGGCAGAAAGAGCCCAAGACAUAUCUGGCGUCGCUGAGGAAUCGUGGUCAAGAACUGCUCGCCUCGGCGCGAGAGGCCACGGACGCGUACGUGAAGAGCCUAGACUUGGAGAAAAUGUCUUCGACACAAAAAAGAAUCCUCCUGUCUGUUGCGGGCCUCAAGAACACAGACAAGGCCCAGCCGGACGUCGAGCUGUCCGAAGAGGAUGGCAGGUUGCACGUGGCGUUUGCGAAAAGAAUGCUGAAGUGGCUAGCCGAGGGAGUGCGAAGAGGCCUUGAGCUUGGGGGCGGUUCCGAGACGCCCAAAGACGUGGCGGCCCUGUUGAACCUGAUCCUCAAGAACCUGCUGGAGCUGUAUGUCGAAGUGGCUCUGGAGGCGGCGGCGGACAGUGCGUCAACGGCCGAGACGUCCAAGCGAGAGCAACCCGACCUGUCGUACCUGAGCAUUUUACGGACGGCAGUACACAUCACGCACCUUGUGCAAAGCUGCGUCAACACGCUGCUCAUCCCUCUAGCCGGGUCGAGUCUGACGACGCGGCGGGAAAUGGAGAAGAGCACGCGGGCGGCGGUGGCGCGGAUCGAAGACCAAAUCAACACGAUCGAGCAACAGAGCAUCGACGCCGUGCUCAACUGGACCACGCGGCUCCUGUCGAACCAGAACCGAAACGACUUCCGCCCACGGGCGGAGACGGAAGCCGAAGCGGCGGCGCUCGAGCAGGCGCAGACGGCGACGUGCGACAGCGUGUGCCGCUUCCUAGCUCUCUUCCACGACACAGCAGCCGAGGCCUUUGACGGCGCCAACCUGCACGCCCUGCUGACCGAGGUGGCCGUCGGCUUCCGCGCCCAGCUCCUGCAGCACUUCACCAAGUUCCAGGUCAACCGCAUCGGCGGCGUCAUGCUGGCCCGCGACAUGAGCCGCUACGUGCAGCUGCUGCGCUCCUGGGAUCUCGACGACCCCUUCCACGCAAGCCUCGAGGUGCUGACCGAGAUUGCGAGCAUUUUCGUCCUGCUGCCCGACGCCCUCAAGGACCGCCUGCGAGCCCAGGUCCUGGCCAAUCUCGGCAAGGAGAAUCUGCGGCCCUAUCUGCUGAAACGGGACGACUAUAUGGAAGUAGGCAUGCAGAGUCUGCUUCAUUCACUGUGA